AAAGAAGAUGGAAUGGUCCACCAAAUGUUAACUUUACUUAAUUUCAAUCUGCUGCUAGGUUUGUCCUGUCUCUUCCUCUCGAAAGUUAAUUCUUUAGUGGCAGAUUUCAUUCAACUUCAUUAGCAAAAAUAAUCCUCUAGCUCUUCUUUAGAGCUACAAUAAUGAACUCACAAUCAAGCUCACCAACAGCUAAUGGAGGAAGAGAUGAUGCUGUCAUCACAAUUGCAGCGACAACCAUUAUCCAGACGACACCAUUGGACCAAAGAAUCCAGGAAACAAGAUGGCUUCUGCAUCCAUCAGCAGGAAACGAAUCUUGUUGCAUCUUCAAGGUACGUCAAUGCCUUGUGGAAAUAAACAACAAGACUUACCAGCCCCAUAUUGUCUCCUGUGGUCCAUAUCACUAUGGUGAUCAACAUUUGGAGAUGAUACAGCAACACAAAAGGAGAUUUGUUCGUGAUCUACUUGUUCCAAACGGCCCAACACUUAAUCACUACCAGCAGGUGGUAGCAGCAAUGGAAGAAGAAAUAAGAGGGUGCUAUUCGUAAACUAUCAGCUUAAGCAGUCAUGAUCUAGUUGAGGUGAUGGUGUUGGAUGGUCUCUUCACUGUUGAACUCUUUUGCAAAGCUGGAAAAUUGUCACCAAGUGAUCCAGACGAUCCCAUCUUUAACUUGGCAUGGGUAUUCGCUAAUAUCUUACAAGACCUUUUUCGUUUCGAGAAUCAAAUUCCUUUCUUCCUUCUUCAAAAACUAUUUGAUGAAUCAAAACCUUCAAGAAAAGAUAGUGACUCAUCCUUAGCCAAACUUGCUUUAGACUUCUUUCGUUAUGCAGUAGGAAACCCCUGAGAAAGUGUUAAAUCAGGACUUCACUAAUGUUGAAGGAAAACAUUUACUGGAUUUACUCCGCUGGAGUUUUAUCCCUAAACCCUAAGAUCAUUCACCUCAGGAAGAGCCUCGAAAUGUUCGUCCAUUAGUUCAAUUGAUUAAGUAUGUCAAAAAGCCUCUAGAAGGAACAAGGAACGCGAUGCAAAAGUUUGUAGCAGGAAGGAAGGGAAAUACUUCUCCGUCCAUUGAAUUUAUCCAGUCAGCCAAAAAGCUUCGUCAAGCUGGAAUUAAGUUCAAGACAAGGGAGGCAGUGAGCUUCUUAGAGAUAAGAUUUUGCAAUGGAGUGCUGGAAAUUCCACACAUAGUAAUCGACAAUCUACGGGCUGAUUUAUUGAUGAAUUUUGUAGCAUUUGAACAAUGCUACUCUCAUUGCUCAAAGGAUGUAACAAGUUACGCUGCAUUCAUGAGUUGUCUGAUCCGCACGCCUGAAGACGUAUUGUUUCUCUGCGACAAGAACAUUAUCGAGAAUUAUCUUGGAACUGAUGAAGAGGUAGUUCAUUUCUUCCAAAACCUUGGCAAAGAUGUGCCUUUAGAUAUUGGCGAGGGUUAUCUAUGGAAGUUGUUCAAGGACGUGAAUGAGUACCAUAGAAGUAUGUGGCAUGUGCGAUGGGAAGGUUUUAGAUUCAAGUAUUUUGGUACUCCAUGGACUUUCUUGUCUGCUCUAGCUGCUAUUAUACUCCUACUACUCACUGCAAUUCAGGCCUUCUUUGCUGUUUAUGGAUAUGCCCGUCCGCCGAAACCUGGGAAGAAGCACUAGAGUACGCACUAGCAAUAAUGUGAUGUUAGGAUCACCAAAAUGUAUUAGAAGCACUCAUUAGAGCUAAUGAUGAUCAUGGUCAUGGAUGCAUAUCUUUCAUUUGCAUGUUUUUUUUGGGUCCUUAGAAAGCGGGAGUUUCUUUGUAAUAAGAGAAUCUCCAAGAGGCCAGCCCAGGUAGGAGGGGGCCCUAGGCCCAGGAAGCAGCUCCAGCGCGCCAAGUCCAGCCCUGACAAGGGGUGGGUUCCAUGAGCCCAGAUCUGGCCCGUUCUUUUGCCAGUAUUGGCAGAAGUCCGGUGAAGCACUACGAUGGGGAGGAGAGGAAGGAGGGAGAGAGAGAAUUGGGGGAGGCAGAGAGACGUGUGAAAAGUGGUCUCUAAUUCAGUAGGGUUUAGUUUAGUUUAGUUUUAUUUAUUUAUUUAAUUUAUUUUUUAAAUUUAACUAAAGAAAAAUAUAGAAAAUAUUAUCUCGUUAAAAAAAACUAAUAUAAUUUUAAAAUAAGUUGGUUGUCCACAUCAACUGCCA